AAAAAAAAAGGCGGAAAAGGAAAAAAGAAGGGGGCCGCCCACAUUUUAAAUUAGUGUUCAGUAUUUGUCAUUGACCAAAAACCAAUCAGACUGGUUCUAUGUUCUUGCCCUUGAUUUCUCCCUCAAAGGCUAUCGAAUCUUCUUCCCUAUACCCCUUCUCCUAUGUGUGAUCGCCAUGGAUCUUGUGACAACAGCCGACGAAUCUUCUCCAGCAGUGGACGAAGAUCGAUGGGAGCCUGAAUCUUAACGUUUUUGGGAUUCUGGGCCGGGGAAGAGAGAGAGAGAGAGAGAGAGAGGUUGAGCAUUUGCAGAUAUAUAUGGAGAGGUCAAACAACGGAUCAGUGGGAGUGUUGGCAGUUUGCGCGGUCUCAUGGAGCGUGGCCCUGAUCGCUCUUCAAGCUCACAAGCGCCUCCUCUCCGAUUUCAUGAAGAAGAUCGACUCCGAGCUCCAUGGCACGUACUCUUCCCGCCUGCACUUUCUUCCCCGAUUCCCAGGUGGUGAGAAAUGUGAUCAGAGCUGCAAGGUGAAGAAGGUGAGGUUUGCAGAAGAUGUGGUGGAGCCUUCAUCGGACAACAAGGAAUACAGAAGGAGGAGGAGGAAUAAGGGAGGAGGAACAAGAUCUUCCUGCAUCCCAAAUGGAAAUGGUGAUGGAAUAUUCUUGAUCGGAAAUCGAAUGACGAUGCAGGAGGAAGACCGACGACUUCCAUUCAAUGGGAGGCUGUGUUCUUUUGCGGAUGAUCAGCAUAAUAAUAUGCCUUUGAACAGGCAAGUUUUGUACAGAGGGAUCAUAGAACAUAGGAUGCUUAAGGCCGGCCACAAUCUCCCUAGGCAUUUCUAUUGAUUUGUGUCUUGAUUUGGUAGGAUGCGUAUGCUAGCUAGAUGAUCGACCAACCAAUCGAUCCACCAAAAGCGAUGAAAUUCAUCACCUUGAUUUAUGUAUGUUAAUAGCUAAUAAUAAGGAAAACAAAUACUAUAUUAUGUACAUUGUUUUUUUUUUGGAUAGAUUAUUUUAAGACGUCUUUCUA